AUGGUCAAUCUCAGCAUAACAUCUGCACGCCUUCUACUCACGGCGGCAGUAUUGCUACCAUACAUACUUAUCGUCAAGCGCCUUCGUUUCCAACGUGCGCGCAGAAUCGAGGCGAAGUUCAGCGGACGUCCUCUGUCCAGCAUGACCGUGAAGGAAGCCCAUGAGAUCUUCCGCGAGCUGCGAGAACUGGAGUUCCCGUACACCCUCCACAGCGCCAUGAAACUAUCACUACUGAAAAUUAAGACAGGAUCAAUACCUACAAUGACCAAAUUGUUCGUUGCCACUCGUCAGCUCAACGAGAAGAAUGCGUCUAAACGAGCUGCGGAUACCGAAGUGGUCCUCAAUGAGGUUCAUGAUAGGGAGCCCGGGUCUGAGUCCCAUCUGAUGGGAAUUGCACGGAUGAAUUACCUGCAUGCUCGGUAUCGCAAGGCGGGUAAAAUCCUGGACGAGGAUAUGUUGCAUACCCUUGGAUCUGCUGUUGUGGAUAUUGUCAGGGGUGUCGAUAGGAACGAAUGGCGUCGGUUGACAGAUGUUGAGAGAUGUGCUAUUGGUGUGUUUCAUAAGGCCUUGGGAGAUGCUAUGGAAAUUCCAUUUACGUUCCUUCCAUCUUAUGAGACUGGUUGGAAAGACGGGAUACACUUCGCCCAGGAACUCUAUGACUGGACACUGGCAUACGAGAAGGUGGCAGCUCAACCGACAGAUUCAACGCGGUACAUUGGUCGGAGACUGAUGGAAUUGGCCAAAUGUAAUAUGCCUGCGCCGCUGAAGCCAUUGAUUGAAAGCAUAGUCGUCACCAAAUUAGAAGAACACAGCAGAAUAAGUAUGGGAUUCGAAAAGCCAGGUAUACUCGUCUCUAUAUUCGCAAAGAGCGUUCUGGUAGCGCGAAAGUUCAUACUGCGUUAUCUCAGCUUGCCGAGACCGGAUUCCAAAGCUGUGCAUGUUUUAAGUGACUCCCCCGACCCAUCCACAGGACUGUACACAUGGAACCUCUGGAUCGAGCAUCCAUGGUACAUCAAACCUACUUUUAAGCAUAGAUGGGGACCAAAAGCUCUCCUAGUGCGGCUCUUUGGGAAUGGGGCUAUUCCUUCAGAGACCGACUCGUACAAGGAAUCGGGGUACGACCUGCGUACUAUAGGCCCUGUAGCACAGGAGAAAAGAGGACAGGAUGAGAUGGAAGCUAUUUUCCAGAGCUUGAAAGGGACAAAUUAUGCUGCUGCAUGUCCUUUCCAUGCCUGA